GUUUUGUCUGAGCAGCCUGGGCUCCGAUAUUCGCUGGUCGCUGCUUCCGCUUGAAACACGAUAUCAACACUAAAGAGCUUCGAGACGUUGUGUAUGCGGUCGAGGCAGGAAGGCCAGUAGAGUGGUCGUUUUCUUUGAAAAUCAGUCACCGCCGCUGCUUUGUUUGAGUCCUUCCUGAGACUACACGAGGAUGAGGGAGAGAGACCGACCCGCCGCCCAGAUCAUCGAUGGCCACCGGUUGCCGGGAUCCUACUCAGAAGAGGUUUACCGGAGCGGCCUCCGCUAUCAGCCGGAGGAAAGCGACAUUAUCCUGGUCACCUUCCCCAAGUGCGGCACUCACUGGGUGCUGGAAAUCGUCAAGGAGUGCUUCCGAGUCUGCAGGGGCGUCACACCGGGAUGGAGCUUUCUCGAGAGGCAGGGUCUGGACGGCAUUCUCAAGGCCCAGAGACCGCGAGUCAUCUUCACUCACCUGCCCUUUCACUUGACGCCUUUCUCGCCAUCCACCAAGUAUAUAUACGUGACCAGGAAUCCUAAAGACUGUUGCGUGUCUUUUUACCAUCACACGAAGGCAAUUCCCGGUUACUGUUAUCAAGAUGGAACAUUUGACGAGUAUUUUGAGCUUUUCGUCGAAGGUCUCACGGCCUUCGGCAGCUACUAUGAGAACCUACUAUCUUGGUACGCAAAGAAAGACGAACCUAACGUGCUGUUUCUCACAUAUGAGUCGAUUCAUGCUCACACAAAGAAAUCGGUGCUCAAGAUCGCUGGUUUUUUGGACGACCAACUCGCUAAAGAGCUUGCGGAAGACGAAGCAAAAAUGACGGCUGUAAUUGAUGGUACGAGCAUGGCAAAGAUGAAGAAGGAUUUGGAAGUAAUCUUCGUGAGGAAGGGUGUCGUUGGAGACUGGCGGAAUCACUUUUCGGUAGAACAGUCGCGGCGACUAGAGGAAAGGUUCUUCAAAGAAAUGGAGGGCACUUCUGUGCCAAGGCUUUGGGAUGGUGUGGACUGGCUUCUGGACCGGAAGGAAGUCGUUUAGAUGUUUAUGACCAGGUAGUGUGCUCGAACAGGAAUACUAAUGGUCCUGUCCCCACUGGCACAUCGGUGAACACAUUUUCUGUUGUAAUAUCAGUAUAAUAAUAAUAUUAGUAGAACAAUAAUAAUAAUAAUAUAGUCACAUACAACUUCUGAAACGCGGGACGUGGACAGUCGAAAGCAUCAUAUUAUCGCAUCUUAAAAAACAAGACUGCUCCAACUUGAGAGCCGAAGGACUAAGCAAGAAACGCGAAGGGUCACGCCGCGCAUUUGAUAAGAUCUGAGUGAAUGCAGUUCAGACUAAAUUCGCAUAUGUGGAUACUGUUCCAUGGGACCAAUAAAACAAAAAACCAAUGGU